CAUUUUUUUCUGGGACCGGAAGUGGGUGAGGUAGGCCGAGGGUGAAGCCGGUAACAAGAUGGCUGGAGCCGAUGGGGAUGAUUCGCUCUAUCCUAUCGCCGUACUCAUAGACGAGCUGCGGAAUGAGGAUGUCCAGCUUCGCCUGAACAGCAUAAAGAAGCUGUCUACAAUCGCGCUGGCUCUGGGUGUGGAGAGGACAAGGACUGAACUUCUGCCAUUCCUCACUGAUACCAUCUAUGAUGAAGAUGAGGUGCUUUUGGCUCUUGCUGAACAGUUGGGAAGUUUCACUACCCUGGUGGGAGGUCCUGAAUUUGUUCAUUGUCUCCUGCCACCUCUGGAGAGCUUGGCAACCGUGGAAGAGACAGUGGUCCGAGACAAGGCCGUAGAAUCGCUGAGGAAGAUCUCUCACGAACAUUCACCAGUUGACCUUGAAGCUCACUUUGUGCCUCUGGUAAAGCGACUGGCCAGCGGGGACUGGUUUACAUCCCGCACGUCAGCAUGUGGUCUCUUCAGUGUUUGCUACCCCAGAGUGUCCAGUACGGUCAAGGCUGAGAUACGACAACAUUUUAGAAACCUGUGCUCUGAUGAUACGCCCAUGGUGCGUCGCGCUGCUGCCUCAAAACUGGGGGAGUUUGCCAAAGUGUUAGAAUUGGAAUAUGUGAAGAAUGACAUCAUUCCUCUGUUUACCAAUCUGGCUUCUGACGAGCAGGACUCUGUGCGUCUCUUGGCAGUGGAAGCUUGUGUCAGCAUUGCUCAGCUCCUUCCUGAAGAAGAUCUGGAGGCUCUAGUAAUGCCCACCUUACGGCAGGCCACUGAGGACAAAUCCUGGCGCGUGCGCUACAUGGUGGCUGACAAAUUUUCAGAGCUCCAGAAAGCUGUGGGCCCAGAGAUCACCAAAAACGACCUUGUUCCAGCCUUCCAGAACCUCCUGAAAGACUGUGAAGCUGAAGUGCGUGCAGCCGGCGCUCAUAAGGUUAAAGAAUUCUGUGAGAAUUUGCCAGCGGAUGGGAGAGAGACCAUCAUUAUGAACCAUAUUUUGCCGUAUGUAAAGGAACUGGUAACCGACACAAACCAACAUGUGAAGUCUGCCCUGGCCUCGGUGAUCAUGGGCCUAUCCACUAUCUUAGGGAAAGAUAAUACUAUCGAACACCUUCUACCUCUCUUCCUGGCUCAGCUGAAAGAUGAGUGCCCAGAGGUGCGUUUGAACAUUAUAUCUAAUCUGGACUGUGUUAAUGAAGUCAUUGGAAUCCGUCAACUUUCACAAUCUCUUCUUCCGGCCAUCGUGGAGCUGGCCGAGGACACAAAGUGGAGAGUGCGUCUGGCAAUUAUAGAGUAUAUGCCACUACUUGCUGGUCAGCUAGGUGUUGAGUUCUUUGAUGAGAAGCUGAAUUCUUUGUGUAUGGCUUGGCUGGUUGACCAUGUGUAUGCCAUCCGAGAAGCAGCGACUAACAAUCUAAUGAAACUUGUGGAAAAGUUUGGUGCUGAGUGGGCCCAAAAUACAAUUGUCCCCAAGGUUCUGGCUAUGGCAAAUGAUCCUAACUACCUUCAUAGAAUGACUACACUUUUCUGUGUUAAUGCCCUGUCUGAAGCUUGUGGAAAAGAUAUUACAACCAAACUAAUGUUGCCUAUUGUAAUAAAAAUGGCAGCCGACCAAGUGGCAAAUGUACGUUUCAAUGUUGCUAAAUCAUUACAGAAAAUUGGACCAGUCCUUGACAACAAUACACUACAGUCUGAAGUUAAACCGGUGCUGCAAAAGUUGGGUCAGGACGAGGACAUGGAUGUGAAGUAUUUUGCACAGGAAGCCAUGACGGUUCUUGUCUUGGCAUAAGGAAUAUCCAGGAGACUUACCGUUCUCUGUUCAGGAUGUAAUUGUUUUGAAACUCUGCGGAACAACCUUCAAGACCUCAGAUACACACGGCAACUACUGUUGGAAGAACACAUUCCCUUAUAUGUGCCUCUUCUAAAAGACUUUUUUUUUUGUUCUUACUAAUUAUUUAUACAUUUCCACCCAGCCCCUGGUGUAUUUACUUAUCAGUUUAAAUACUGGUGCCUGAAUUCAGUAUUAUUUAUAUUCUAUGUAACUGGCAUACAUAGCGGGACCCACAGAUAAGCCUAUAGCAAGGAGAGAAUCAGAGGGAAAACAGGCUUUAUAAAGUGAUAUUAAUCCACGUAAAGAAACUAACCUUGGGGGAAGUAUGUUACAUUUUACAAAAAGUUUGUGACAAUGUUCUGGUGUAAUGUAUCAGUUAUUUAGGCAUUGGUAGUCCUUCUGUAAAGUCUAAAGUGAACUGUCUUGUGCUGGUGUACUUGGGAAUCCUCUAGAUUUGUUUCUGUUGGUCCAUCGAUAGGACCCUACGGGGGUGGGGGGUUAUUGGCUUUUACUAUCUACUAAAAACUCUGGUUCUCUGGUACUUUAAAAAGCUUCCCAUGUUCUUGGUUGUGGUUAUGGAAUGGAAUUUUUCUCUGCUGUAAGAUGCAGAGGAUUAAUAAAGAAAUCCCUGACCCUAUCUUCAGGUCACCUAUAUAAAGUUCUCAUGCUGAGAUUAGAGCUUUGUGAACCUCCGUCCUGCAGUUCAUCUUAUUAUAACCUGUAACGUAGAUGUAGGUUUUAGCUCACUGCGGAUAUUUUCUGGCAAAUGUGGAUUUUAGUCCACCUGAAUCUGAAUGUAUUUAGGUUGUGAUGACCUUGUACAGUUUAGAAACACUGCUGUAGUAAUCCCAUCUCUUUAGCCAUUGGCUUUAUUUUUGUUGGCAUUGGCCUGGUGACAACUAUGUUUUGCAUGCUUUGGUGUUUCAGGUUCUAUCUGCUAAUAAUAAUAUGGCAUUCAGUGGUAUUGGCUGACCUGUUCUGUAUCCAGCAGACAAUGGCGGCUUUUUUUUCCUCUUCCUUUUUAAUAGGUUGAGCAAUGUGCACCUAAAUUAUCCGACAAAGCGUUUUACUUAAGAGCAAAAUGAAAUUCAAGCCCUGUAAUUUGUAACAUUCCCAGAAGGUUAAACAUAAUAUCAGCUGUAGAAAUGGUCAUGUUCGUGCUUGAUGAUAAAAAUGAAAUAAACAUUAUUUAACUGGAACAAA